AUGAGUGCUAUCAGGAUUAGCAUGCAGAAAUCCCUUAAAUGGAUCAAUCGAUCUGGCAAGCUGCAGCCACUGGUGGAUAGAACUUUGGCACCCCUCCAGGUUGUGAGGCAGUGGAAAUACCAAAAGACACCUGCCCCCAAAUGCAAAAAGAAUCCUGGAAGGAAACAUGUCAAGGGCAAGGGUAAAGUGCAGGAAGAGGGAGUAGUGGAUGAUAGUGCAGAUGAUAGCAUGGACAACAGUGCAGAUGACAGCUUGGACAAUCAAAGUGAGGCUGAGGUGAGCAAUGUUGGAACAGAUGGUCCCUCCACUAAAAAGAUCAGCACUAAUGCAAUUCUGGUCAUCAGGUAUCUGGUGGGAGGCAAAACUGUGCCAAGACACCAUUCCCUUCUCAUUCCUGCUCAAAUCCCCCACCAGCUGAUGGUUCCCAUAGAAAGCAACAGCCAUGAUUCUGAUGAUGAAGCUGAUGAAGACACUUAUUUGCCCACCCUAUCCAAUUCAAAGAAAACAGCAACAUCCCUGAAUACAAACCCUGAUCUGCACUCAGGGAACAAGUACACAACUGAACUACAGGACCACUCAGAAUAUGCAGAUGAAGAUGGAUUGGAGAGCAUUCCUUUCACUGACCACCCAACUGAGGAGGGUCAUGUUGAAUCAGCUGUUAUGGCUAACAAGUUUGCACUGUAUAUUAAGCAGGCUCUGUCAGAAUCGAGGUGUCCCUGGGAGCACCUGGAAGUCACCCUGUGUCAGAAGGCCCCUGCAAGGCCAGAUGCAGAUGUUCCAUCUCCUGAUGCAAAGAGAUUGCACAAGCAAACAGGCAGCAAUCGGAAGCAGAAGUAG